AUGGGGCUGGCGCCGGGGCUGCCAGGCCCCCGCAACCUCAGCUGCGUCUCCUACAAGCAUCCCAGCGUUCGGGGAGGGUUGGGGGGCGCAGGGGGGGCCAAGGCCGGCACCGUCCGCUGCCCCCCCGGCCAGUGCUGCAUCGGCAUCUGGAACCAGAGCCACACACUGGUGCAGGGCUGCUGGGGGGGUGGGGGGGCCGCCUGCCCCUCUCCCACCUGCGCCCCCAGUCCUGCGGGACCCCCCGGCGGUGCCGUCCUCGUCUGCCUCUGCCACGGCCACCUCUGCAACGGCAACGCCAGCGGGACGGGGACGGGAACGGGGACAGCCCUGGGGCUGGGGGGGCCCCGCCAUGGCCCCGUGCCUGACCGCGUGGGGUCCGUGGGGACCCUGUGGCUGUGGGGUGCCGGUCCCCUCCUCCUCCUCCUCACCUGCCUGGCCAUCCUCGGGCUGCGACGGGUGAGAGCCCACACGGGGCGGCCACCCCGGGGGUGCCGGAGGAUCGGGGUCCCCCCGGAGCCCCCCAGCCCGGACCUGCCUGCGCUGCACUUCCUGCAGGUGCUGCAGACGGGGCGCUUCUCGGCGGUGUGGCGGGGCACCCUGCAGCAGCGGCCGGUGGCCAUCAAGGCCUUCGUGGCGGGAGCGGCCGGGCGCUUCGCGGCCGAACGGGCCGUCCACGGGCUCCCGCUGAUGGAACACGACAACGUGGCGCGGCUGCUGGGCACGCGGGGUGCUGGGCCCCGCGCCCGCGGGGGGCUCCUCGUCCUCCAGCUCUACCCCGCCGGCUCCCUGCGACACUUCUUGGGACAGCACGUGGGGACGUGGGCCGGCAGCGUGCGCCUGGCACUUUCCCUCGCCCGUGGCCUCGCCUUCCUGCACCAGGAGCUCUGGCGUGACGGCCUGUACAAGCCCAGCGUGGUGCACCGGGACCUGAGCAGCCAGAACGUGCUGGUGCGGGAGGACGGGACCUGCGCCAUCGGGGACUUCGGGCUGGCUCUGGCGCUGCCACCGCGCGCCCAGGCUGGCACCAGCGCCCGCCACGCCGUGCCCAUCCGCAAGGCGGGCACCCAGCGGUACCUGGCACCCGAGAUCCUGGACGAGAGCCUGGACCUACGGGCGUGGGGCCGGGCGCUGCGGCAAGCCGACGUCUACGCCCUGGCCCUGCUCCUCUGGGAAAUCCUCUCCCGCUGCCAGGCCCCUUCAGACCCCGGAGCACCCGUGCCGGCCUUUCGGCUGGCGUACGAGGCGGAACUGGGUGCCAGCCCCACGGGUGCUCAGCUCCGGCGCUUGGCCGUGGAGGAGCGACGGCGGCCGCUCAUCCCCCCCGCCUGGCAUCGUGCCCCCCAGCCCGGGGGGGCUCUGCCGGAGCUGCUGGAGGAUUGUUGGGACCCCGACCCCGAGGCCCGGCUCUCGGCCGAGCGGGCGCUCCAGCGGCUGCAGCGCCUGGCUGCCGGCCCCCCCCCCGCCCGCUGUCCUGGAGCUGUCACCUGCCAUGUGGGACCCCAGUGCAGGUAA